AUGCAGCUUAGCGCUGCUGGAGAAGGCUUUUUUAAAAAAGAGGCGGAAGUGGAAAAAGUUGCGAAUUUUUCUGAAGAAAUAGCCCAUGACGAAUCAAUGUCACCCAAUUUUUUAAGCUCAUGCAGUGGUUGUAAUUUUGAAAGCGCUGCUACUAAUAUCCUUGAUGAAGAUAGAUCCGUUGCCGAAGAAAAGCACAUGAAUAAUGACUACAAAACUUGUUGGUCGCGUGCCUUUAGUUCGAAUAAUGAAGAGUUUUUGCGACAGCUCUCGAUCAAUCAGAACGAUUUUGGAUAUGCUUUGGGCUAUUCCAGCAUAGAAAUAUCAAUGUGUGCCAAUUUAAUAAUUGGCAAGGAAGAUUCUCGCGAAGCAGACAAUGAAAUAUUUGAGAAAAACCUAAUUGGCUCAGAGGAACUGGAAAAAGAUCCAACUCUAUGGUAUAAUCCUUAUGUAAUUUUUCGCUUCGACAAAGAAGGUCCUUUCAUUCCUAGCUGGGACAAAAUAGAAAGUUCAACAGUUACAAACGGGCUGAUAGCUGAAAACAUUAUUGAAUCAGUGCUCGACUCAGCAAUGCCUUUGAAACCGACGCAUGUUCAGCUUAAGCAAAUGAAUUUGAAGGACGGAGCUAACGUCGUUGAAUACAUUGUCAAUUCACAAGUGUUAGGCGUUCGGCAUUUGAUUGGAACAAUUUAUCUUUGGAGCGACGAUACAAAAAUCAUUGUGUCAGACAUAGACGGUACUAUCACGAAAAGUGACGUUUGGGGACAGGUUUUACCUAUUUUGGGUAAAGAUUGGUCUCACAGAGGCGUGGCUAAUUUAUUUUCUCGCUGCAGUAAACAUGGAUAUGAAAUAGUUUAUAUUACUGCUCGGGCUAUUGGGCAAGCCAAUACAACUAGGGAUUAUUUGUUUAGUCUGCAACAAGACGAAAAAUAUUGCUUACCUGACGGACCUUUGUUUUUAUCUCCAGACAGACUGUUUGAUUCAUUUAAAAGAGAAGUAAUCGAUCGUAAAUCAUUUAUGUUUAAAAUCGCAGUGUUAAAUGAUAUUAAAAAAACUUUCCCUGCAAAUAAGAACCCGUUCGUAGCUGGUUUUGGAAAUAAACAUACAGAUUACGUGGCGUACAAAAAUGCCGGAAUUCCAAAUGACAAAAUUUACAUAAUUGAUUCAAAAGGUGUAGUUAAACAUAUGGAUAGCGGUAACAGUAAAACAUACGGUGAACUGGCUGAAAACAUUGAUGAAAUAUUUCCUAGUCGAAAAGAAUUUUUUGCCGGUGAUUCUCAAAAUAAAAAAAAUAGCGAAAAAAAAAGGCUUUCGCAUUUUAGAGCAAAACUAAAGUCAUAA